AUGAUUUUACAGUAAGAAUAAGAAGAAGAAAAGAAAAGAUAAGCAUAUGAAUAGUUAGGAGAUAAUCCUACUGAAGUUGAUAUAAAAUAUGUUAGCUAUUUAUUAAAAAUUCCAUUACUUACAAUACGAUAAUGGCUAGAUGAAAAAGCAGGACUUGAUGUUCAAAUAGAAAUUCAACCUGAAGAAGAGAAGGAUGUGUAAAUAAUUGGUUUUGCAAAAAAAAAAUUAAAAUUGUAAAGUCUUCAAAAUCUAUAAUUGAAGGAAGAGGAAAAUUCAUAAUAAUAAAUAUCUGAUUUGCAAAAAAAAAAAAAUAAAACUCCAGAAUCUAAAGAUAAACCAAAAUAAAAUAAAAAGAAAGAAUUUAAUAAGACAUCCCUUACAAACAAAAAGAUCUAAAAAUUAAAUUCUAAAAAUUAAAAUACUUAAUAUCCUCAAACAUAAAAUGACAUUAAUUUAAAUUAAUCUUAAAAUGAUGCACUCUAAAAUCAAAAUAAUAAGUAAGAUUAAUAAAUAGUAAAUUAAAAUGUUGAAACCUAAUAGUAAAAUAAAUAAAUUGAGUAAGUAUCAAAACCACUAAGAAUAUGCAUUUAUAAUUAAGAUCAACUUAAAAAAUAAUCUUAAUAAAAAAAUAAUGAAAAACUUUAAGCAUUAUCAUAAUCAAAUUAAGCUUAAUUAAAUUCAUCCACAUAAUCUGAUAUGAACUCAAAUGUGCAAUAGUAAUAAUAACUUUAAAAAUAAUUUUUGUAGUCAAAUUCUUAAAAAACAAAUACAAUGUAAUAACUAAAUAAUUAAUAAAAAUAACCCAUAAAUCAAUAAACUAAUUUUCAAAAUAGUGAUAAAAUAAAGCAAAUUAUAGUAUUAGAUGAUGAUAAUACUAUGAGCUAAAGCAGUAAUAGUAAAAACAAAUAGGUAUAAUAAUUUAAGUAAUAAUAAUAACAAAAAGAUUAAAAUUAAUAAAAGUUGACUUUAAACAAUAAUCCCAUUUAAAAAUUAUCAAAAAAUGAUUCUAAUAAUCUAAAUUAAAAAAAUCAACUUUCUACUAUAAGUUAAUAAAAUAUAACUCAAAAAUCAAAUGAAAUACACUUUAGCGAUAAUUCUGGAUAAAAUAAGAUUUAAUAAUAAAAUAAUUCAUUAGAUGUUCAAGUGCCUGUUCAUGAGUAAUAGUAAAAUUAUAAAAAUCAGAUUUAAAAAGAAAUAGCUAAUAAUUCUAAUAAUUCCUAAUAAUAAUAAGAAUUAUUAAAAUAAACUCCUGUAUUUGAUUCUAAUAAUUAUUCUAAUGCAUAAUAGGUAUAAUAAAUAUCAUAAAUAACUUCUAAUUAUUAAGAUUAAUAAUAAAAUCUUAGUGAUAUUUAAUAAAAUUAAAAUAUUUAAUAAAUUAUAGAAUAAAAAUAAACAAUUAAUUGGUAAUAAUAAAACUUAAAUUAGAAUUAAAAUGAUUAUCCUGAAAAUCAAUAAAAAAUUUAAACAUAAAGAUUUGCAGGUUUAACUUCACCUCAAUCAAAUUAUUUAAAUCCAAAUAAUCAAAACUUACUUAUUCCUUAGAAAAAUUAAAAUAUAGAAUAUUUGAUAACUAAACAAGCUUCAGUUACUUCUGAACUUAAUUUAAUUCAAUAAUAAUUAAAUUAAGCUUUACAUCAACCAAAUUAAUAAAAUUACGAAGUUAAAUAAAAAUAUUAUGGUUCUUAUGAUAUUAUUUCAAUAUUAAAUUAGCAUUCUUAAACUUUAACAUAAGUAGUUUCAAUGUUAUCAACAAUUGGAAAUUUUUAGUUUUCUUUGAUGGAAAGAUUAAAUCUGGUUUAUAAUUCAGUCAGCAAAAGUUGA